GUCAAACGUAUGAGCUGACGUAAAUUCUACGGACCCUUCACGCUACCCGCGCUUGCCUACAAAACACGCACACAACAUAAACCUCAACGCACCGUCAUCGGCAGAAAUCCAGCAACACCAACGCUAACAUCAAACUAACUAUGGUGUCCCAAGCACCCCAGGAUACCAGGGAAGAAGUCAUCCAAGCAUGGUACAUGGAUGACAGUGAUGAGGAUCAGAGGCUUCCUCAUCACAAGGAACCUAAAGAAUUUGUUUCUCUGGAGCAACUCGAUGAACUUGGGGUUCUCAGUUGGAGAUUGGAUGCUGACAACUAUGAAACUGACGAGGAAUUGAAGAAAAUUCGUGAAGCUCGUGGAUAUACCUACACGGAUUUCUGUGAGGUUUGCCCUGCAAAGCUUCCAAAUUAUGAUGAAAAGAUCAAGCAUUUCUUUGAGGAACAUCUGCACACUGAUGAAGAAAUUCGCUACUGUGUAGCUGGAAGUGGGUAUUUUGAUGUGAGGGAUCGUGAUGAUAAAUGGAUACGCAUAUGGGUAAAGAAAGGUGCAAUGAUUGUCUUGCCUGCAGGAAGUUACCAUCGCUUUACUCUGGAUUCAGACAAUUAUAUUAAGGCCAUGCGACUGUUUGUUGGGGACCCAGUUUGGACACCCCACAACCGCCCCAAUGAUGACCUAGCUGCAAGGAAGGAGUAUGUGGCAAAAUUUUUGGACAGGGGAACUUCUAACCAGGCCGUUGAUGCUGCUGCAUGAGCCCACUUGAUUUAGGCAAAGUUAGAUGUCGAAAGUGUUGUUGCAAGUCUACAAACACCAAGCUGUUGAAGGUGGUGUAGCACAAACAAGUUGCUGUAGACGAAAAUAAAGAUGUUGAACUAAGUGAUGUAUUUCUGCAGAUACAUAUAUUUUACACCGAGAUAUAUAUGAGCUCUUGUGGUUUCUGGUUUGCUUCUGGACUACAUAUGUAUAUUGGCUAUUUUUUAUGGUUUAAUCUACGGUUGUUAUUCA